AUGGUUCCGAGCUACUCGGAGUCUUUCUACGAUACAGUCUCCCUGUUUCGCAACAUAUCCCACGUCGGCUUCGGCUUCAGCGCCAAUUUAACAUCCCUAAAGCGACCGGCGGCCGUCUUCUCGCCAGCAAACCAUCUCGCAACCCGCUCAAUUUCCCCCCAGUCUAGCACUGCCCUGCCUACCGCUCUGCCGUCCUGCUACCGCUGCCACCGCAUUUGCAAUCCAGGUGCGACACCUCCAGUUGGCAUCACUUUGCACAAUGGGAACGGCUCUGAAGAUAUUCGCGAGGCGCUCCUCAUCCAGGACCUUGGCGACGAGGAUGCGGACGAGUAG